AUGUCCAAGAGUAAUACUAUUUCUCAAUCCAAAUUCAUCCGGCCUUCUCCCGAUCUCACUGCACCCAACGGCCCAUCCCAUCUCACCUACACCCUCAUAACAUCCCUGGCAUACCUCCUAUACCUCAUUAUAAUAUCGAUAUACGUACCAUACCUUAUCAUAAUACAUUUUCUGACUCCAAUACCAUUUCCCAGCUGGACCUUAGAUCGGCGGGUUACCACUCGAUUAAAUAAGUUAUGGGUCACCUUGACAGGAUGGUGGAUACCGCCCUUACCGGCUGAUUGGGACGACUGGAAGAUCGCUCCUCCCGGUGAGCCGUACAUCGAAGCUCAGAAGAAGGGUGAGAUCGAAGUGAAAGUGAUUAGGUUGGAUCCUGUAGGGAAAGAGUAUAUCAAGGGAAUAGCGGAAGUAGAACAUGUAAAAGGAGAAGUCAGACCUGGAUUCUGGAUCGAUCCGUUAGUUGCAUUGAGCAAGGAUGGGGUUGGAGAGGAGAAGGUGAUUUUGCAUAUACAUGGAGGAGGGUACAUAAGAGGACAUUCAUUAUGGACGCCAUUCCCUAUGGAAAUCUGCAAAUCGACUAGUCUGAAAUGCCUAAGUGUAAACUAUCGUAAAACCCUAUCUCCCUCUUCAUCAUUCCCCGCCCCUCUCUUAGACGUCUUCUCGGCUUACUUCUACUUAACUCGCAAGCUCGACGUACCUCCUCGGAAUAUAAUUGUCUUAGGAGAAUCCGCCGGCGCACAUCUGGCAUUGAAGUUAUCUCAAUACCUUCGAGAUCUAAGUUUGCCUCAAACCGGAUACUUGAUCCUUUCUUCCCCAUGGUCAGAUUUUACUUUAUCGUAUCCUUCUUACAAGUAUAAUUCGAAUUAUUGUCAAUUAUCGCCUAUACGCUUAGGACGGGCCGUAAAAAGUGCUACGCGUUACUUGACCCCAGAGUUUCUGGGUAGUGGAUAUGCCAGUCCUGCCAAGAUGGUCUCUGGCGGAUGGAAAUAUCUGAGCGAAGAAGGGACCAAGGUGUACGUACAUUAUGGAGGUAGGGAGUUGUUCAGGGAUGAGAUUGAAGAUCUGGGAAGGGGAAUGAAAAGAGAUGGAGUGGAUGUGAGAAUGAGAUUGGAUCCCGAUGGGUUACAUACGAGUGGGAUGAACGGGGAAGCGGGGGAGGUGUUCAAGAAGGAUGUGCUAGAGAUACUUGAUAUCCAUAAUGACUAA